GUUCUGCCAGCUCGCCAAUCAUUCUAGCGAGUUUCCCCACUCAUUCUCUUCCCCCGUCUGUAGCUACAUGUGCACCGGACACACAGUCCUCUCCUUAGCGGACACUGCAGGGGAAGAAACGAACAAGACCAUCAUGGAAUAGGAAUACUGCUGGACAAAACGGGGGAAAACCUCUCUCUCAUCUUCUUCUUUUUCCCCUUUUUCUGACGCCUUUUUUCUCCCUCUCUCUCUCUCUCUCCCCCUCUCUCUCUCUAUCUCUCUCUCGAUGUCUCUCAACAGUUUCUGAAGGGAUUAAAGGAAAGAAAAAUGAGGAUUACUAUUUCGUCUUGGCACUUUCUCGGGGUGUAUUCCGCCCUUUGGGGGCUGGCAACCGGGGCUUUCCCCAGCUCAGUGCAGAUAGGUGGGUUGUUCAUUAGGAAUACUGAUCAGGAGUAUACAGGGUUUCGACUAGCUAUCUUCCUUCACAACACCAGCCCUAAUGCAACGGAAGCUCCCUUUAACCUGGUCCCACAUGUCGACAAUAUAGAGACCGCCAACAGCUUCGCCGUCACCAAUGCAUUUUGUUCUCAGUAUUCGAGGGGGGUCUUCGCCAUCUUUGGCCUUUACGACAAGCGCUCGGUGAACACUCUGACAUCGUUCUGUGGGGCCCUGCACAUCAGCCUAGUGACCCCCAGCUUCCCCACCGAAGGAGAAGGCCAGUUCACCCUGCAGCUCCGGCCAUCUAUCAGAGGGGCUUUGUUGUCACUGUUGGACCACUACGACUGGAGCCGAUUUGUCUUCCUCUACGACACAGACAGAGGUUAUGCAAUACUGCAGGCAAUUAUGGAGAGAGCGGGGCAGAACGGAUGGCAGGUGAGUGCUAUCUGUGUGGAGAGCUUCAAUGAGGCAGCAUACCGCCGACUCUUAGAGGACCUGGACCGACGUCAGGAGAGAAAAUAUGUAAUUGACCUGGAGCCUGAGAGACUGCAGAGCAUCCUCGAACAGGCUGUCAGCGUGGGGAAACAUGUAAAGGGUUACCAUUACAUCAUAGCAAACCUGGGAUUUAAGGAUAUAUCUCUGGAGAGGUUCAUGCAUGGCGGGGCCAAUGUGACUGGUUUCCAGCUGGUGGACUUCAGCAAGCCCAUCAUUAUUAAACUGAUGCAGCGCUGGAACAAACUGGAUCAGAGAGAGUACCCUGGAUCUGAAACCCCACCCAAGUAUACCUCAGCUCUAACAUAUGAUGGCGUCCUUGUGAUGGCCGAGGCCUUUCGCAGCCUUCGCCGUCAGAAAAUUGAUAUCAGUCGCCGUGGCAACGCUGGUGACUGCUUGGCCAAUCCAGCUGCUCCCUGGAACCAAGGAAUAGAUAUGGAGCGUGCACUUAAACAGGUGCGCAUUCAGGGCCUGACUGGGAACAUUCAGUUUGAUCACUAUGGUCGGAGGGUCAACUAUACCAUGGACGUGUUUGAACUGAAGAGCAAUGGACCCCGGAAGAUUGGCUACUGGAAUGACAUAGACAAACUUGUGUUGGUCCAGAAUGAAAAUGUUCUGUCCAAUGACAGCACGUCAAUGGAGAACCGGACAGUCGUCGUGACAACCAUCAUGGAGGGUCCCUAUGUGAUGCUGAAGAAGAACUGGGAACUCUAUGAAGGCAACGACCAGUUUGAGGGAUACUGUGUGGACUUGGCCUCGGAGAUCGCCAAACACAUUGGAAUCAAAUACAAGAUCUCCAUCGUACCGGAUGGGAAAUAUGGAGCCAGAGAUCCAGAGACAAAGAUAUGGAAUGGCAUGGUUGGAGAGCUUGUGUAUGGGAAAGCAGAAAUUGCUGUGGCCCCGCUGACCAUCACUCUGGUGAGAGAAGAGGUGAUCGACUUCUCGAAGCCCUUCAUGUCUCUGGGAAUCUCCAUCAUGAUCAAAAAGCCCCAGAAGUCUAAACCAGGUGUUUUCUCUUUCCUGGACCCGCUGGCCUACGAGAUCUGGAUGUGCAUAGUGUUCGCUUACAUUGGAGUCAGUGUUGUGCUGUUUUUGGUGAGUCGCUUUAGUCCGUAUGAGUGGCAUGCAGAGGAACCAGAGGAGGGCACAACAGAGCUGGGCCCCACCGACCAACCUCCCAAUGAGUUUGGCAUCUUCAACUCCCUCUGGUUCUCACUGGGAGCCUUCAUGCAACAGGGCUGUGACAUCUCACCACGGUCUCUGUCUGGACGUAUUGUUGGAGGUGUGUGGUGGUUCUUCACUCUUAUCAUCAUCUCGUCUUACACAGCCAACCUGGCUGCUUUCCUCACUGUGGAGAGGAUGGUCUCACCCAUAGAGAGCGCAGAGGACUUGGCCAAACAGACAGAGAUAGCCUACGGGACACUGGACUCAGGCUCUACUAAGGAGUUCUUCAGGAGGUCCAAAAUAGCCGUAUAUGAGAAGAUGUGGUCAUACAUGAAGUCUGCCGAACCGACUGUCUUCACCAAAACCACAGCGGAGGGCGUGGCGAGGGUCCGCAAGUCAAAGGGGAAGUACGCUUUCCUCCUGGAGUCCACCAUGAAUGAAUACACGGAGCAGCGCAAGCCUUGUGACACCAUGAAAGUCGGGGGGAACCUGGACUCCAAAGGAUAUGGGAUUGCUACACCGAAAGGCUCACAGUUAAGAAAUGCGGUCAACCUGGCCGUGCUAAAGCUCAACGAGCAGGGCCUGUUGGACAAAUUGAAAAACAAGUGGUGGUAUGACAAAGGAGAAUGUGGCAGCGGGGGAGGGGAUUCCAAGGACAAGUCGUCCCAGGCUUUGAGCCUGUCCAACGUGGCGGGGGUCUUCUACAUCCUUGUGGGUGGCCUGGGCCUGGCCAUGCUGGUGGCCCUGGUCGAGUUCUGCUACAAGUCACGGGCCGAAGCCAAGCGCAUGAAGCUGUCUUUUUCUGAUGCCAUGCGGAACAAGGCCCGUCUAUCCAUCACAGGAAGUGUGGGGGAGAAUGGCCGCGUCCUGACGCCAGACUGCCCCAAAGCCGUGCAUGCUGGCCACGUCUCCCUCCGACACCCCGGGCUUGCAGUGGUGUCCUCCGGUCUGCCCUGAAAACCAAAAACACCUGCCGUGCCUUAACGACACACAAGCAUACAGACUUUGACAAGGACGCAUACAAACACACACGUCCCACAUGCAAUCACACACUAUCAUUUUAACUCAUAACACACACACACACAACAUGCACAUAACUACAGAUACUCAAAUACAAAUACUCACAUUUUUACACACUUGAAUACACAAACACACACUGCACAUUAUCAUCACACUUUCCUGCUGCCAUUGACUUAUUUUACAAGAGAUAAGUGACAUUCAACUGUGGAGUGAACAGUGGAGUAAAAAUACAAAGGACAACUAUGACUAUAACACUUGCCUGCAGCAUUCAUUUAAUUGUUUUUUUGGAGGAUACCAUCCUGAUAUCAACAAACCGGCAGGAAAGCCAGCACAGACUUACAUGAAAUGAACUAUGAGCUGUGAACAUUACUGCAAACUGAUCAUGAUGAUGAUAGUGAUAAAGAUGAUGAUCGCAACUGGAGUAAAAAAACAGCAACAAAACAACAGAAAAGACAACCAAACUCUGUUCCUGCUCUGUCUUCGUUGGACAGUGUUGGCCAAUGAGCGACACCUCUUGACAACGCCUUACUAAGACUAUAAACAUUGUUUUCAUCAUCAUCAUCAUCAUGGUCAUCGUCAUCUCAACUUGCCUGAAAAGUGUGCCAGGUAUUAUCACCCUUAGAAGACCAGAAAACUGUAAGCUUGAACGUUCGGACUGGGCAAACCCGCUACUUUGCCAUGGAAUGUUCAAACUGAAUGAAAAUGCUUUCAUAUCACGCAUAUGGAAAUUUCUCGCCCCAAAACCAACGAGAUAACCAGCCAAUAUAGUACAGAAGUAACCUUGAAACACAGUGUGGCUGAUCUCGGCCACAGAAUUCACAGGGGUUUGUAAAGAAAAAAAUUAAUAGUAGUAAUUAACAAAGUACUUCAUCAACAGCAUCAUCAUGACAGUAGAAAUGCUAAAUAGCAAAUUGAAGAUUUCUUUUUGCCGACGGGCAAAGGCAAGGUUUAAACUGUAUAUUCAGUGAUGGAAAGAAAAAAUAAAACACAUGGGCAGAUCUCAAAUGGCUACCUAACAUAAGUGCUUCUCAACCUGAAUGCUGGGACCUUAAAGAAGAAUGACUGAUGGAGGAAAUAGGAAUAAAUAUAGUGUUUAAACAUUUGUGAUCAAACCUUUAAAUUGUGGAAACUAAUUGCCUCCAUGUUCUCUUGAAUAAUUAAUCCAUAUAGCAGGGCAAUAAAAAAGCAAAUCAAAGUUCAUGAUUCUUUGCAUGUUUUCCCACAGUGGGCUGACUAUAAACCUUGUGUUUCAAGGGCCUUAAUAAGAUUGAGAACCACUGGUCUAUGCUGUUUGCGCUUCAUUUGACUUGAACUACAGGUAUACUUUUCAAUUUCUAUAAAAGUAAUGACUUUUAACAGGCAGUUUGGUUGUCAUUUGAGAUCCUCAGUCUUUUCCAGUGGCCGGGCAAAGGUACCAUAUCAGAAAGCUUGCUUUUUAAAACUGUUGUAAAUAACUGCGUAGCAAAACAGAACUCACCUGUCUUUUUUAAUCAUCUUAGAUAACAAUUCAUUGCAAUAAUGAAUAUAAAAGAAAAUGCCACUACUUGUAAUUAAGAUCAAUUUUUUUAUAAAUCUACAUAUUAUAUAUAAUACAAAUAAAUAUAUAUCUAUAGGUCUAUAGAGAGCUAUAGAAAACAUUGAUCACAGAUUGUCAGAGGCCAUGGCAUACAUUCUGUUAUAUGGCUGUUUUUUUGAUAACUUGAGAAUAUUAAUAUGCCACAUUCUUUGUGUGUCCUGCUCAACAGUGAAUGUCCAUCUGGCAAUCCAACGGACACACACAUAGAAAUGCACGCACACCACAUUGUUGCAUUCACAGGGUCAGCUCAGAGUGAUCACUCCAGCACCGUGAGAAGUUCAGACCAUUUCAUUUUUGCCUGUCUGUCUGUUUCACCAGUGUUUUUACCCCAAAACAGUCUGAUGUUGGGCUGCAAAGGCCCCUCGAAACAGCAUCUAGAUGCCAGUAUUCAACACUGGAGCCGAUAUAAUGAGAAGCCAUUUAGGCAGGCCUCCAGAGAGGAUGGGCCACAGCAAUUACCGUACUGUAGGGAAACAAUUCUGUCUGACAUUUGGAAAGUGUAGCAUUUGUGUUGCAUUUCAUAUCGCCUCAGUGCUUUUUGUCUUCUCACCAGAUGUUAGUCAACUACAAACUGAAAACCAACACAAGUUCAAACUGAGCAGGGUUAGCACUUUUUAGGGACAUGUUUGGAUCCAACAUGCUUGGCAAGAGCAAUCAAUCAAAUGUUUAAAAUCUGUUAUAUACUGUAUGGCAGCGUGUUUUGGCGCAUCCACUGAGGAAUCUUAGGAACAAUUAGGAAAAUAAAACAAAUCUAUUUUUAUGGACUCACACCAGUGCAAUUUUACUUAUUUUGUUGUACUGUAUUACAACUUAGCAUGGUGGUGAUGCUUAGAUAUUGUGUCAUAAUACAGCGAUACUGUAUGUGGGGAUGGAAUUGUUUUCUGCCCUGUCCACCUCUCCUAUUCUUCCUUGUCUGCUUUGUUGUUUUUAAUUCUACUGUUAGUCAUGUGUCCUACCUCCCAUCUCUGAAAUCUUCCUGGCUCCUUCUCUUGUUUUAUCUUUCCCUUCCCCUCUUUCUGCUUUCCUCGCCCCUCCUGUCCCACUGUCAGACAGAACUCUCUGUACAAAGUGCAUCUUAGCAAUGACAAAUUACUCUAUUUUCUGCCCUGACACAUCAGAAAAUAAUGGAAUAGAGAUGAAUUGAAAAAUAGAAACACCAACUUACAAUCUGAGUUUCUUCUGGCUCUUUGUUCUGAAUAUUGCAUACCUUUUAACCUCCAACAUUUCACACAAAAAACUGCCACUUCUUUGUUAAACUCACACACGUAUCUCAUCACUCAUCAGUCCUGCAUCAAUUGUAUUGAGGUCAAACUCAACAGAUAAAAGCAUAAAUAGUAAAUAAUAUCUUAAAACCUCCAUUAUCUCAAACAACAACCUUCUUCUUGGCUGUAAGGAAUAAGGUAGACCAUUUCCAAUCACCUCCUCUCAGCCUAGGAGAUCAGUGCAGCAGUAGUGCAGCAACCCAGCAGGAGAGAAAUAAUGAAAAUAGUGGGUUUCUACAGUGGAUGCAUUUGUGAAGAGACAGUUGACACAGAUCUAGCUAUCACCACACCAGACACACCAGGCAGUUAAACUGUACAUGAUACUUAUGUGUUUAUUUCUUUGCCAGCUCCAGCACAUAAGGUAUCAUGCAUAGACAGCAAAAAGCAGACUGCUGGGCUGUCAACACUCUUUAACAUAGUUUAUUUCUUCCUUUGUUUCUUGUCUUUCCAUUUGGUUUCUUUUUCUAGUAAAACAUCAAUGCUGAA